UCCAGCGGUUACAUGAUAACCAGCACCUGGCCAGGGAGGAAAGAAGAGACAAGCAGGCUGCCGCUCCUCUGACUGUCCGUAACCUACAGCAGAAAUGAACGGUGCAGGUGCCAUGGAGGCCACCAGGAAACGAAGCCAGCACAGUGCCAACGGGAAAACAUCUGAGCAGGAGGAGCAGCAGCCAGCGCAGUGGGGGAGAGCAUGGGAGGUGGACUGGUUUUCCCUGAGCAGCGUGAUUGGUCUCCUCUGCUUUGCCCCUUUCAUUGUCUUCUACUUUGUGAUGGCCUGUGAUCAGUACCAGUGCUCCAUCAGCCAGCCUCUGGUUGAGCUGUACCAAGGAGAGACCACGCUGCUCUCCAUCUGGGCCCGGGCACCCUCCUUUACUUGGUCAGCUGCCAAGAUAUACGCCAUAUGGGUGUCCUUCCAGGUGUUCCUGUAUAUGUGUGUUCCUGAUGUCACUCAUAAGUUUGUCCCUGGAUAUGUUGGUGGAGUGCAGGACGGAGCGCGGACUCCUGCUGGCCUGAUUAACAAGUAUGAGAUUAAUGGGCUGCAGUGUUGGCUGAUCACUCACGCUCUGUGGGUUGCCAAUGCCCAGUAUUUCCACUGGUUUUCUCCCACAAUUGUCUUCGACAACUGGAUCCCCCUGAUGUGGUGCGCCAACAUACUGGGCUAUGCUGUGUCCUGCUUUGCUUUCAUUAAGGCCUACUUCUUCCCCACAAACUCUGAGGACUGCAAGUUCACAGGAAACGUCUUCUACAACUACAUGAUGGGCAUCGAGUUCAACCCUCGUAUUGGCAAAUGGUUUGACUUCAAGCUCUUCUUCAAUGGCCGACCCGGCAUCGUAGCCUGGACUCUUAUCAAUCUGUCCUACAUGGCAAAGCAGCAAGAACUGUACGGCCAUGUCACCAACUCCAUGAUCCUGGUCAACGUACUGCAGGCCAUUUAUGUGUUGGAUUUCUUCUGGAAUGAGGCAUGGUACCUCAAAACCAUUGAUAUCUGCCAUGACCACUUUGGAUGGUACCUGGGCUGGGGAGACUGUGUCUGGCUGCCGUACCUCUACACACUGCAGGGUCUGUACCUGGUGUACCACCCAGUCCAGCUCUCUAACGCCCACGCCCUGGCUGUCCUGUCGCUCGGCCUGGUCGGUUAUUACGUCUUCCGCUCCACCAACCACCAGAAGGACCUAUUCCGGCGCACCGAGGGCACCUGCUCCAUCUGGGGGAGAAAGCCAUCGUAUAUCCAGUGCUCGUACCGCUCCAGUGACGGCGGUAUCCACCACAGCAAGCUCCUUACCUCGGGUUUCUGGGGAGUGGCCCGGCACUUCAACUACACGGGUGACCUGAUGGGUUCGCUGGCCUACUGCGCUGCCUGUGGCUUCGGACACAUCCUCCCGUACUUUUACAUCGUUUACAUGACCAUCCUGCUGGUGCACCGCUGUGUGCGCGACGAGCACCGCUGCAGCAGCAAGUACGGCAAGGACUGGAAACGCUACACAGACGCCGUGCCGUCACGACUCAUCCCUGGGGUGUUUUAGAGAGGGGAAGAGAGGAAAAGGAGUGGGAGGAGGGAGACCGAAAAGUAGGGUGGGGGCUCAGAUUAAGAGGAAUGGUGUAACAAGAUAAACAUGAGGGUUGUGUGUUUUAUACGCAUCAAGAAUUCACUACAAUGAUAAGUUUUGGCAAGAUACAUUGGAAAAUAUGUAUUUCCUACAUGUAUACAUAGCUGUACGUGUUUAUGCAGGUACAAACUCUUGUCUCUGCCUUAGUAAAGGCAGUUUUAUACACCACGCUGCUGCUUUCCUUUAACACAUUUUAACAACAGGACAAUAUAUCUUUGGAGCUAGUUAGACCAAGCACAACCUAAACCAGCUGAAGCCAAAAUCAGCUCAGUUCUGUAGUGGACUGGAGUCCAUGACUGUUCUACACAAAGCUGUGACAUUCCCAUAAUGCAGUUUGAUAGUCACUUACCAAGCAAAACAUGGCUGCUUCCAUUUUCUCAAAUAUGAGAAUUUAAUGUUUUAUGUCAUUGUAUAUGUAACACCUUUUUUUUGUUUUUUUUAUCUGAAAAAAAAAUAAUUAUGAUCUCAAUUAGCACUCAGGUAGCCUGUGAUGGGGGCGUUUCAUUAUUCUUUGCAUUCUCUGCAUUUUUAGACUAGAUGAUUAGUUAUGGCUGAAAAACAUAUAUUCAUUAUUCAAUACCGACGAUAAUGUUUUGCUGUUGCCCUUGUUGGCUCCACUGGCCAGAGCUGCUCCAUAAAUAGUCAUGUAAUCUUUGUUUAAAGGCUGUCUGAAUGAAUUGUCUGAACUUGGAUUUAUUAACUCAUGUUCAUUUUUAUAUCUGACUGCAGGGGAAUAUUUGUUACGAGGGAGUUAGGUGAAGUAAUUGCUUAUAUUUUUGGUAAGAUUUUCUCUCGUGGUUGAGAGCAGCAUGUUCACAUAUAUCAGCCUUGUUGUACACAUAGUUAUAAUAAUAACAAAAAUAAUAACAAAAAACUUUAUUUAUAUAGCACUUUUUUAGACAUUGUUACAGAGUGCUUUACAAAAUCUGAAACCAGACAAGAAAAUCAAGACAGUUAAACGGCCAACAUCAAAUAAAUAGGAAUAAAAACAAAAAUUGAAAAGAAACUAGAAACUAAUGCAUCUGAGGUUAGUAGGCAUAGUUCUAUAUUGCAGAGUUUUAAAGAAUCAUUUGACAAUGAAAAAACGCUUAAAUUUAACAUAUAAAAGCAACAAAAAGCACUUUCUGUCCUCUGACAUUCGUUACACCUGUGAAGCAUUCUGAAAACUAACUACAAGUUAGUUAGACCAUGACAUUUGCUUUGUGUUAAGGAAACAUGUUGAUUUUAAGUAGAGCCAUGUGUAAGCUCCAUGCUAAGAGAUUUUUUUUUUUUCAUGUCCCGUCAUCACGUUUGUUCCAUGUUUGUUUUGAUGUCCUCAUGCCAGCACUGCCUUUCUUAUGGUGAUAAAGUGGCAAAACAAA